UCGUCUCGCUCGAGUUCAGUCUGUGUGUGCCGCCCGCGUCGUUCGCGACUACCGCCACCGCCGCCGCCGCUCCAGUGUGCGCGCCUUUUUAACACCAGUUCAUCUCGCGUCAGUUCAACUCUCUUCUCUCACUCUCUCUCUCUCGCGAUAAAUUUUUUUCCUCGUCCGUAUUCCUCACGUCGCCGUCGUCGACGGAUUCGUUUCGUUUUUAUUUCUCGUUCGUUUCCGACCACCCGACACCGCAAACGAACCCCCCCCCCUCUGUACCACUGCGUAUGACGUGAUCUCCGUCCCGUUGCGGAAAUACGUAUUGUUAUUAGAAAAUACCAUUUUUGUUUCCGAUCGUCGUCUUUAAUCUCGCUCGCGCAAUAAUAUCGCCGCGUGUUCGCUUUUGAGAAUAUUAUAUUGUUUAUACGCUCGUCGCGAACUGGUCGGUCUGUUCGUUUUUUUAUUACGUUUUCCUCGCCGCCGCCGUCGAUGUAAUAUAUUAUAUUAUUGUUCUCGUGAAUGGAUUACGCGGAGACGACAGAAUUUUGAGUCCUGUGCUAUUGAAAUAUAAUAUAUGCGAUGAGGCAUUCGGCAGUCGGCGGCGUGGAGGAAUGCGUCUAUCGGCGGACUAGCUGCAACCAUGGCUUAUUGGCCAGGAGCAGCUCGGACUCGGACUUGGCCGUGGUGACGGCGGGUUAUCCCGGCAGCCUGGACGUCGAAGCGUACGAAGACGAGGAAGAGGAGGAGGAGGACGGGGACGACUCGGAAGACGAUAGGGACGACGACGAUGACUGCAUGGGAGCGGAGCGCAAUCAGCAAGAGGAGCUACCGUAUCCAGGGUUCGUGUCCAUAUCGAUGAGAUACCUGGACCAGAAGUCCAGGCCCCGAAAUUGGUGUUUGGCUAUGAUCACUAACCCGUGGUUCGAGAGAGCAAGCAUGCUGGUCAUACUACUGAACUGUGUUACCUUGGGCAUGUAUCAACCAUGCGUCGACGAUCAAUGCAUAUCCAGAAGAUGCAGAAUUCUACAAGUGUUCGACGACUUCAUAUUCGCAUUUUUUUCGCUGGAAAUGAUCGUGAAAAUGAUCGCCAUGGGAGCGUACGGCCCCUGCACAUACCUCGCAGACUCCUGGAACAGAUUAGAUUUUUUCAUCGUCAUCGCAGGUGCUUUGGAGUACUGUUUGAACGUGGAGAACAUAAAUUUCUCUGCUAUACGAACAAUAAGGGUGCUGAGGCCGCUUAGAGCCAUCAACCGAAUUCCAAGUAUGCGCAUAUUGGUCAUGUUGCUUUUGGACACUUUGCCGAUGUUGGGUAAUGUGCUGCUGUUGUGUUUCUUCGUGUUCUUCAUAUUUGGCAUCAUAGGAGUGCAGCUGUGGGAAGGCAUACUUCGACAAAGGUGUUUCUUGAAGCCGCUGCCAAACGUCACUUAUCCCAAGAUGUUGCCGGCGUACUAUACGCUGAACGACGAGGAAAAGGAUUACAUUUGUUCGAAAAACGACGACAACGGAAUGCACUCGUGUUUCGACUUGCCACCCACGCGAGGACACGACGCGCUGAUUUGCAAUGCCACGGCCACCAUGGCCCUCGCCAACGGGUCGUGUGUCAACUGGAACUAUUACUACACCGAGUGCAAGUCGCAGGGCGAGAACCCGUUCCAGGGCACCAUAUCGUUCGACAACAUCGGCCUGGCCUGGGUGGCCAUAUUCGUUGUCAUCAGCUUGGAAGGAUGGGUAGACAUAAUGUAUUACGUCCAAGACGCUCAUUCGUUCUGGGACUGGAUCUACUUCGUGCUGCUCAUCGUGAUCGGAUCAUUUUUCAUGAUAAACCUAUGUUUGGUGGUCAUAGCCACACAAUUUUCCGAGACAAAAAAGCGGGAAAUGGAAAGAAUGAAAAUGGAACGAGCUCGUUUCCACUCGACCAGCACACUGACCUCGUCUACAAACAACUCCGAGCCAUCGUCCUGUUACGCCCAAAUGGUUAAGUACGUCGCUCAUCUGUGGAGGCGAGGCAAGCGGAAACUGAUCAAAAAGUAUCGGGUUUGGAUGCUGCGACGGCAGACCGAAAGGGAGGAGAAGGCGCAGCGGCAGAGCGCCACCACCGUCGCGCUCCUAUCGCUCAACACUAAUAACAACGACAAAAACGUUAAUUUUGUAGAAACGAACGACAAUAAGUACGGAAAUGGAGCAAGAAACGGUGAUGAAGAAUCGUCUCAGCCGAUGCUCCGGUUUAUGGAUAACGCUCAAAUCGAUUCGAGCGGGAACCUCCUAAGUCCGGGGUCGACAUCCAGCAACGGCGGAAUCGUGUCAAGGAGACGGAGCGUCGUAGUGGCUUUCAGCGACGAACUAAUUACCAGGAGUGGCCCCGCCACUACCGCCGCCGCCGCCGCUGCCGCCGCCGCCGCUGCUGCCGCUGCAGCUGCUGCCGCCGACGCCGGUGCUCCGUCCGCUGCGGUAACGACGUCCACUGCCUCCACUGCCUCCACCACCACCACCACUACCACCACCGCCACCGCCACCGCCGCCACUGCCUCGGCAAACGUCGCACUUUGUUCGACCGAGAAGACGACGCAGACGGUCGAAGGGACACCGUGGAACACGUCUACCUCCGCCAGUACCACCAUAGUAGCACUGAACAACACCGCGGUCGACCCGGACGACCAGGACAUGACGUGCCAAGAACUUUUGGCCAUCAGCGGAGCCCUGUCGGCAGCUCUGCCCACCGGACAAUCGGCCCUGACGUCGCUGCUGAAGGCUCUCGGCAAGACUGGGGGUGCCUCCGUGGCGACCAUCGUGCAAAAUGUAAACCGCACCGCCAACAACAGCAACAUCCAUAACAACAACAACAACAACCACAGGAACAACAAUAGGACGAAACGUCACGCGCUCAUGGACAGGCAAUCGGACGGCGAACUUAUGAUGGACAAUGACCAUUUGGAGAGUAAAAACAAAGCGUGUCUCACCGACGCCGUGGGUUGCCUGCAGAUUUAUUGUCUGGUGGGUUGUUCCCUGUUGAGAGAGUGUAUAAAGCUCCUUGUCAACCACAGACGAUUCCAGCAGUGCAUUUUGCUAGCAAUACUUAUCAACACGCUCAGCAUGGGCAUAGAGUACCACAAUCAGCCCACGGAACUCACUGUAAUCGUGGAAUAUAGCAAUAUUGUUUUUUCUGCGAUAUUUGCCGCGGAGAUGUUUUUGAAGGUAAUCGCCGAGGGGCCGUGCGGUUACGUCAGUAACGGUUUCAACGUAUUCGAUGGAAUCAUUGUCAUAUUAAGUAUAGUGGAAUUGACUCAGUCGUUUGAGAACACUAGUGGACAACGAGAAGGCAAUUCGGGGCUGAGCGUGCUGAGAACAUUUAGGCUAUUAAGAAUAUUGAAACUCGUCCGAUUUAUGCCAAACCUACGUCGUCAAUUGUUCGUCAUGCUCCGUACCAUGGAUAACGUCGCAGUGUUUUUUUCACUCCUAAUUUUGUUUAUCUUCAUAUUCAGCAUUCUCGGAAUGUAUCUUUUCGGUGGUAAGUUUUGCAUGUACGGGAACGGAGCCCGGGAAUGCAACUGCAAAGAAAUUGUCACUAAACAUCCCCUGUGCGUCUGCGAUCGAAAACAUUUUAAUAAUGUAUUAUGGGCAACAGUCACCGUCUUUCAAAUUCUGACACAAGAAGACUGGAAUAUAGUGUUGUUUAACGGAAUGGAAAAAACGAGUCAUUGGGCUGCUCUUUAUUUCGUGACGCUGAUGACUUUCGGCAAUUACGUGCUGUUCAAUUUACUGGUAGCAAUUUUGGUUGAAGGAUUUUCUUCAGAGCGUAAUGAACGCAGAGAACGUGAACGACGUGAGCUGGAGAGGCAGCAACAGUCAUCGUGGUGCAAGUGCACCUGUUCGUGUUAUGGUGACGACAAAGGGGAUUGUGAAUUCUGUACGGAUAAAAAAAGCCUAAAUGGAAAAUCAAGUACUGACUUAAAAAUUGAAAAUCCAAACAGAGACAUUAUAACCAAUAAAUGUAAUACACACAAGGACACUUCGUUAGUAAUCGCUCCACCGCCGCCGAUAAUUACACACACGGCGGCCACACCGCAAGACUCGCCAAAUGCCGCCCACGAAUCGAGGGAUUUUCGGCGAUUUCAAUCGCUCACGCCGUAUACAUUUUUGCCGUUCGACACGAAUGGAAGCGGAUUUUCCAUUGAUUCGAUCGACUGUUCAGUGCGUUCGUCAACAAAUAGCUUGCAGAGUGUUUCAAAGUUUCCUAAAAUCAACAACAGAGCUCCGCAGAUAUCCAGUCCGCAAAAGUUGGUAGCGAAUCAAAGUUUUGAAACGAUUCCGGAAGAUGUUACUUAUAGUGGAGAAAAUGGCGAAAAACUUCAAAGACGAUAUUCGUGGAAAAUCUCGAGACCCUCGUUGAGACGAAAGUCGAAAUUCAGCAACGCAGAGUGUGAAAGUGCAGACGAUCAAGGAAUACUGGUUUUGAACAACAAUAGUCAUUCGGCAGUGAAUUCCGGUGCCGGACAAGACCACUCUCAAUGCAACGGCGGCGUUUCCAAAAGUCCAUCGCCGAAUUUCCGCGCGACCAACAAUAUGUUGUCCGAAUAUAAUACUAUUGAAAGGUCUCCGUCGACUGUACAGCAGAGCACGGUCAAUUACGUCCUGGCCGGUUGUCAGUACGACUGCUGUCAACCGUGCGACACGGAAGGGUGCGCCGGGGCCACGGACGACAAGGCGUCCGAACCGUGUUGCGACUGCGACGCUGAGUCGGAGACGGCCAAGGUGGAUGUCCGCAAGGUGUUCUAUUUCUUCGAGGAGAAGGGUUGGCUCAAAGACCGGGCCGAGUACUCGCUGUACAUAUUUCCGCCGGAACACGGUUUCAGGCAAUCGUGUGGAAAGUUCAUCAAGCAAAAAUGGUUCGACAACGCGGUGCUCACGUUUAUAGCGUUGAACUGCAUCACUUUGGCCAUGGAGAGACCGAACAUACCGCCGGACAGCAAAGAGCGGACGUUUUUGGGCACGGCCAAUUACGUUUUCACCGUGGUGUUUGCGCUCGAGAUGUUUGUCAAAGUCGUAGCCGCGGGCAUGUUCUACGGCACGGAACCGUAUUUCAAGUCCGGUUGGAACAUCAUGGACGGAUUGCUCGUGGUCGUGUCCAUCAUAGAUCUGCUCAUGUCACUGAUCUCCGAGAGCAGCCCAAAGAUAUUUGGAAUACUGAGGGUGUUUAGACUGUUAAGAUCGCUGAGGCCGUUGAGAGUGAUCAACAGAGCCCCGGGCCUAAAAUUAGUGGUACAGACACUACUUUCGUCUUUAAGGCCAAUAGGCAAUAUUGUACUGAUUUGUUGUACAUUUUUCAUAAUUUUCGGUAUUUUAGGAGUUCAACUUUUCAAAGGGACGUUUUUUCACUGCGAGGGCCCUAACAUCAAACACGUGCGCGACAAAAAGGAAUGCCUGGCCGACAAGAAAAACGCAUGGGUCAAUCAAAAAUACAAUUUCGACGAUCUGGGAAAGGCGUUGAUGUCUCUGUUCGUGCUGUCGUCCAGAGACGGCUGGGUGAACAUCAUGUACACGGGCCUGGACGCCGUGGGAGUGGAUCAACAACCGAUCGAAAACUAUUCGGAAUGGCGGCUACUGUACUUUAUAUCGUUUAUACUGCUAGUCGGGUUUUUCGUGCUCAACAUGUUCGUCGGCGUGGUGGUGGAAAACUUUCACCGGUGCCGGGAGGAACAGGAAAAAGAAGAGCGAGUCCGGCGGCUGGCCAAACGGGCCAAGCAAAUGGAAAAAAAGCGAAGAAAAAUGCACGAGCCACCGUAUUACAGAGACUACAGCAACGCCAGGCUGUUGGUGCACAGCGUAGUCACGUCCAAAUAUUUCGAUUUGGCCAUCGCUGCCGUUAUCGGUCUCAACGUGGUCACGAUGGCACUAGAAUUUUACAUGAUGCCUAAAGCGUUGACUUAUGCGUUGAAAAUAUUCAAUUAUUUUUUCACCGCCGUGUUCAUACUGGAGUGCGUGAUGAAAAUGUUGGCACUGGGACUUCAGCUCUACGUGAAGGACAAAUGGAAUAUAUUGGACAUUGGAAUCGUCAUAUUGUCCAUAGUGGGUAUCACGUUGGAAGAAUUGGAAUCGAAAAUCAUACCCAUCAAUCCGACCAUCAUCCGAGUGAUGAGAGUCAUGAGGAUCGCUAGGGUUUUAAAAUUACUAAAAAUGGCUAAAGGAAUAAGAGCUCUUUUGGAUACCGUGAUGCAAGCAUUACCUCAAGUGGGAAAUUUAGGACUCCUGUUUUUUCUAUUGUUCUUCAUAUUCGCAGCAUUAGGUGUGGAAUUGUUUGGAAGACUCGAGUGCAGCGACGAACACUCGUGCCAAGGCCUGGGCGAGCACGCUCACUUCGGGAACUUCGGCAUGGCGUUUCUGACGCUGUUCCGGGUGGCCACCGGUGACAACUGGAACGGCAUCAUGAAGGACGCACUCCGUGAGGACUGCGACAGCGCGGCCGACUGCGUGAAAAACUGCUGCGUCGCCGACGGCAUAGCGCCCAUGUUCUUCGUCAUAUUCGUGCUGAUGGCGCAGUUCGUGUUGGUCAACGUAGUGGUCGCCGUGCUCAUGAAACAUCUCGAAGAGUCCCACAAACAGAUGGAGGACGAGAUGGACAUGGAAGAUCAAUUGGAGAGAGAAAUGGCUGCAGAGGAAGAAGAACAAUUGGUUCAAAUGGCCCUUGACCACGAGUACUCGAUUCAAAAUCCAUUGUGCAAAGAGUUUUCGCUACCCGCCGACUUCACCUUUAAAAGUUUGCCACCUUCACCUCUAUACCAAAGUCAAGGACGACGGUUUUCUUUCAACUCGUGGAGUGGCAGGAUGACGGAACCCACUAUCGUACCGUCGCAGAGAAGACGACAGACCGUCCAGGAGUCGAACAUUCUCGUCCCCCCAGCGCUCAUGCCCACUUUUAUGAUUCCUCAUUUCGAAUCCAGGAACCGGAAGUCGUCAUUGAGCGCACCACCCCGGAGUGAUGUCACUCGGAGGGACAGCGUCCGGAGUUCCGGUUCGCAGCGGCCGGCGACGGACCAACCGGACGCCGCCGGUCAGCGCCAGCAGCAAUUGCAGCAGCCCAAGCAACAACUGCAACAGCUGCAUCAACUGCAACAGUUUACGGACUGGCAAUCGUCAGCGAACCAGGUGCAGCUGCAGGCGAGGUGCGUCUCGGAGGCGAUCGCCGGCGGCCAGGCGACCGGAAGCGGAAGCGGGCAUCCGGUCCGCGGAGAACCGGCGGCGGCGGCCAAGAACAGCGCUGUCGUCGCGGCGCUGCUGGCCGUACCGGCGGCGCCCAAUCCGAACGCACUGGCCGCUCCGCCGCCCACGCCGCCGCCGUCGCUGUCCAAGUCGUACGUCACACUGGCCAUACCCGAGGAGUGCGCCGUCGACGUACCGCUGUUGCGGUCCCGUUUCCCGCUGGUCAGGCGACCGGAAGACCCGACCUCGUCCGGUGUGACCGCCGCCGGUCCGGUCAACACGCUGGACGUGCGGAUCGAGGCGAGCGUCAAGAGAAAGACCUGAGCAGCCACCGCCGACACUGUCGAUAUAACGAUACUGUUGUUAUUAAUAUUAUUACUAUUAUUGUUAUCAUCGUCGUCCUCGUUAUCAUUGUCAUCGUCGUCGUCGACAUUAUUAUUACUAUUAUUAUUAUUAUUAUUAUUACUAUUAUUAUUAAUACGAAAUUCGCAUCACCCGGUGCAGACUAUCGUCAUUUUUGCAAUAUUAACAUUUUAUCGCGUGUACAAAAACUCUCCUCGGGGCCACGUCCGCUGGACGGCAAGAAACGUGCUCGCUCUGCAGAGAAAAACUUAUUAUCCAUCAAUAGAGUUUUCGGAAUCGUUUAUAAUAAUAUUAUCAAUGCAUACCUAAUAAUACCAAGCAUCUGUCUGUGACGGAACGCCGUUAGUCACGUUGAAUACUUAUUGACCACCUGCCGGUAUUAUUAGAUAGGUACCUAACCUUCAUAAUAUUAUAUUUUGUGCCUGUGAACAUAAUAUUACGAUUAUGAUGAAUUAAAAAUGAGCCUUAUCUGAAUAUAGGUACGAUAAAUGAAAAGUAAAUCAAAUACAUUAUUUUAAUAUCCAUUUAAUUAUAUAACGUCAGGACAUAUGCGUAAUAUACUGUAAAAUCGAAUAAUUUAAGUUAUCGUGUUAUCAAAAAAAAAAAAAAAUGCCC